CAGUGCGCCCCAAGAUCGCAUGCAGGUGCUACCGUCGCUGCCCCAAGGCGGGCCCCAGGAAGCGCGCUCGAGACGACUCCUGCAGCGUGACCAGCCCUUCGACCGGCCGCUUCCACCGCUGCCAAAGGAGCGCGACUUUGUCGUGCCAUCGGAUUUUCGGGCGCAAGAAGAGGCCUACCAAGAGAAGCUCGCAGCGCAGACGGACGAGCUCGCGUUCCUGAAAAAGUACGUUGAGCGCAUCCUCAACCAGCUCCGGCGCGUCCUUGUCAAGCACAACGAGCUUGAGCAGCUGCAGCAGCUCUGUGAUCCAAUCGCGCUGCAGGCCGACGAUGAUGGCAGCGCGCCGCUGCCGAGCCCGCCAUGGUUCACAUCCAAGGAGUACAUGAGCCCGCUCUUUGCGGCGUACGAGAGCCGCAUCAAGGAGCUCGAAGCUACGGUCGACAAGCACAAGCGGGAUCUCGAUGCGUUCGUGGGCCACGCCGACGCACUCGCCAGAGAGAACGAGCGGCUCCAGCAUGAGCUCAGCGUGACCAUGGACAAGCUCGUGCUGCAGUCGGACGUCCCCGCGUCGAUGCGCUCUGGCGUCGACUUUUUCACCGACCAGCGCAAGCCCGACAUGAGCGUCAACGACACGCUCGCCGACUUGAACGAGCGCAUCGAGCUGCUCAUGUCGGAGAACAGCUUGCUCGUGGAGCAGGCGUCGCUCCAAGAGACAGAGCUCGACGAGUUCCGACGCGACGUCGCGGAGCGUGACGCGCAGCUGCUCACGAUGAGCCAGAAUUUCAACCAAGCGACGCUCGCGGUCCAGGAGCUCCGCGAUACAAACGACCACAUGAAGCACGACAAGCAGCGCGCGGAGGCCCAAGUGCAGCAGUUUGCCGCCACCAUCGCCCAGCUCGAGGCGCAGAAAGAGUCGAUCUUGGCGCAUGUGCAGAGCCACAAGGACGCCGUCGCCAAGUACGAGCUCCAAGUGCAAGAGUACGAGCACCGAUUGGCGCAGAUCAAAGCUGCAAACGAGCAAAAGCAAAAUGUCGUGACCAAGCGGUACCAAGGCGUGUGCGACCGGCUUCGCGAGCUCACGUCGGCGCUCGACGGAAAGGACAAGCAGCUCGAGCAGCUUCAGGAACUCUUCAAUGCGACGAGCCACGAGCUCGACAUGGUCAAGAGUGACUGCGAGGGCAUGCUCAAAGUGAUGCAGUCGAUGGAGAAGCAGCUCGGCGAGUACGCAUCGCGCGAAGACGCCGUGACAGAGCUCGAACGGGCGAGUCAGGAGCGGGCGCAAGCGGCGAUCCUCGAGCGCGAUCAAGCCAAGGCCAAAGAGACGCAGUGCCGGCGGGAAAUCGCUCGGCUCACAGAGCAGAAGCGCGUCGCCGCGUCCGAGUAUCUCAAGCUCCAAGACGAAAGCGUCGAGAAGCUCCGGCGCAAGCUCGAGAACGAAUUGGCGUAUCGCAGCGACGAGCUCAAGCACGCGCAAACCACGAUCGUGACGCUCAAGAUGCAGCUUGAGAAUGCGAUGCGGCUCCAUGUGGACGCCGAAAGAAGCCUUCGCGACCUCACGACGCAGAGCGAGGCCCGCGUCGCUGCGUUCCAGGACAAGUUUGAGCACAUGGUCGCCCGGGUCGCGUCGUCCGAGCUCGCCAGAGACGAGGCGCUGGCCAAAGAAAAUCAAAGCGCCGCAUCGCUCGUGGCCAAGGAGCUCCAGUUUGAGCGCGUUCUUGCCGAAGUGCAGGAGAAAUGGCAGAUGGAGAGAGACCAGAAAGGAGGCUUGGAGCGCGAACUGGAGGUGCGUCGCGCCGAGGUGCGCGAGGCCAACGAGGCGCUCGCCGCCAAAGAGCGUCACGUUGUGUCGAUGACCAAGGAGCUCCACGACGUGCGGAGCGAGGUGUCGGCCAAGCAAAAGUACCAAAUCGACAUGUACGUGCAGCAAAUUCGCGAACUCAAGGCGCGCCUCGAUCAAGUCGAGACCGAGCUCGUGCGGGCCAAGAAUGAAAACACCAAGAUGGAGCACAUGCUUCGCAUGGACCACCAGCGCAUGGAAGGUCGCUUCAAGAGUGAGAUGGACGUGUCUGCGAGCCGUCUUAGUCGCCUCAAGGACGAGAAGGCGCGCGUCGAGUCGCAGCUCCAGGAAGUCCAGGCGCGCCAUGCGUCGUAUGGCUCCAAGAUCAUUGCGCUCGAGCAAGAGCUGGCCGAGGCGCACCACCAAUGCUCUCAGAUGCACAUGCACGUCGAAGAGGCCGAGCGCAAAGCGUCGGACGUCGGCGCGCAGCUAGCGAUGCUGCUUGCGACACAGCACCAGCACGUGCGGCACGACGUCGAGCUCAAGUCGGCGUUGGAUCGGACGCGGCUCGAGAAGGCGCGGCUUGAACGCGAGCUCUCGGUAUUGCGCAAGACGCCAAUGUCGUCCGAGAGUAGCAGCAUGCAAAAGGCGCUCUUGAUCGAGUCGCGAGGCAGUUGA